GAAACUACUAGAGGCCGGGAGAGAGCCGACACUCCCGGCCGGCGGUAAGAGGAGGCGAGAAGAAGAGUCCAGAGGUAGCGUCGCAGGCGUGUGUUCACGCCCCUCUUGGCACAUCACGGUGAAGAAGUGCGUGGAAGGCUCGGAUCGCAUGAAGUGCGAGGUGAAGCCACCCAGUCGCGGGGCAGCAGCUGCCGCGGUUGGGGCAGGGACCCCGAGAAGGGGUGGAACGGCGCAACGAUCCGCCAGGAGGGGGCGGGGUACAAAUACCCGUGACGUCGGAGAGAAACGAUCCGCCAGGAGGGGGCGGGGUACAAAUACCCGUGACGUCGGAGAGAAAGGAUCCGCCAGGAGGAGGCGGGGUAAAAAUAUCCGUCACGAGGAGGAGGGUUCGGUAAAAUGCUGCCGAAUGAAGAGGGUGAACGCAAGCCAGCCGAACAUGGAGCAAUGGAGCGACGAACAGCUCCGACGGUGGCAGCAAGAGGACGCCACCAUCAAGCUGGUCAGCAGCUUGAAAAAGGACCAUGUUGCUAGGCCACGGUAUGAUGCGUUGGCAGGGGCAUCGUGGGAGGGGAAGUCAUAUUGGAGCCUCUGGGAUCGGCUCGAGCUUCGACGAGGACUCCUCUACCGGCGAUGGAUGCCCGAGAAUAGGCCCAGUACAACCGUGUUGCAGCUGGUGGCGCCACCGGUGAUUAGGCGUGAAAUCAUGGAGAUGUUGCACGGGGGACGAACGGCAGGACACCUUGGAAUACGCAAAACCCUAGAGAGGGUGCGACAGAGGUUUACCUGGCCGGGCAUGCGGGUCGACAUCCACCGAUGGUGUCGCAAGUGUGACGCAUGCGCGCAACGAAAGGGGAGGAGGCAUAGAAGAGCUGGAUUGCAGCAGCAAAUAGUGGGAGCCCCGUGGGAACGCGUGGCCAUAGAUUAUUUAGGACCGCUGCCUACCACCGAGCGCGGGAAUAAAUAUAUCUUGGUCGCCAGUGACUACUUUACCAAGUGGACAGAGGCGUUCGCAUUGCCGACCAUGACGGCGCUGCGAACGGCUGACUGUUUGGUCACUGAGCUGUUCGCACGGUUCGGAGUGCCGCGACGAUUGCACUCGGAUCAAGGGACCAACUUUGAAUCGCAGCUCUUCGCCGCCGUGUGCGAGGCAUUGGGCAUUGAUAAGACGCGCACAACGCCUUAUCACCCCCAAUCCGAUGGACAAGUAGAACGCUUUAAUAGGACAGUACAAGAUAUGCUAGGAAAAGUGGUAAACCAGCAGCGAAAUGACUGGGAUGAUCACCUGCCCUUUGUCAUGGCGGCAUAUCGUGGGACCGUUCAUGAAAGCACGGGGUGCAGUCCGAAUCUGCUACUGUUCGGCCGAGAGGUUGGUAUGGCGGCUGAUCUGCUGAUGGAAGCGGCGCCUGAAACUGACGAGCCGACAUGCCCCGUCGAGUAUGUGGAAUGGCUGCGCACAGCCACGAGAGAGGCGCACGAGUACGCCCGACAGCAGCUCGGCCGGUCCGCCUUGCGACAGAAGAAGGCGUAUGACAGCCGGGUGGUGUUUUCGGCGGUACCUGCCGAUACAUGGGUAUGGUAUUGGUACCCACCUGCCGACCGGAAGCUGGGGUGUCCCUGGACGGGGCCUUACUUAGUCAUCAGGGCCCAGGGCAAGCUUCGGUGGAUCCAACGAGCAGAUGGUGCGCCGAUAAGGAUCGUAGUGGUCGAUGAAUUGAAGCCCUACGAGGGGGAGAACCCACCGCCGAGAUGGGCAACGACGGACGGCAGAAAGGAAGACGAAUCCGCUGAGAUGGAGCGGGUUAUAGAUACCCAGUCAACAGACGAGGAACUGUCCGACGAAACCGCCAUAGAGGGCCGGGGUAGAGAUGCCCAAAGAGUCGAGGAAAGCGGAGGAAAUGGACCCGCCAGUCCGAGACAAGGCAGGCAUAACUACGAAGACGAUGAGCGAGAGGACGCGGUGGAGACAUCCUUCAUCAUUGAAGAGGUAGAGGUCCCCGCUGGGCCUAAGACGCCCACGAGCAGUGAACUCGUGUCCAACGCAUCGGCAACAGAGAUAGUCACGGAGGAGCGGGAGGAAGAAAUGGUGACGGAAUCUGUUGUGGAGAUAGAAGAAGAUAAGGCGGAGGUGACUGCCGAACUAGAUGCAGAAGAGAGGGUUGAGCGCGUGGAAGACGCGACAGUGACGGAAAUCAUCGGAGAAGGAACGAGACGCGAAGCAGCUGCUGAGCCGAAUCAAAAGCGCAGUCAUGCGUCUCGCCCUGCGAUGGAAACCAGGUACAAAAAGGAGGGGAUAGCCCUGAUGCCCUCGGGGAUCACCACUCGUGGUCACCGACCGAUCAGGCCUCCCAGGUACUUUGGUUUCCCUCUGAAGAAGGGAGCUGUGGGCAUGGUGUGGAAAGCCACACGCAUGUGGGUGUGCGGGGAGGAGUAGACCAAGAAACGAGAAGAGAGAAAGGAUCGCCAACAAGCCUACGUGAAGACAAGCUUCCGUCUGAGUAGGGGGGUCGCGUAAAAUUAACCAUACGACGGGAAAACGCGAUAAAGCGUAUU